CUGGGCUGCACUGGUGGGUGGCACUGGUGGGUGGCACUGGUGGGCAGCACUGGUGGGUGGGCACAGGUGGGUGGCACAGGUGGGUGGCACUGGUGGGCACAGGUGGGUGGGCACAGGUGGGUGGCACUGCUGGGCACAUGUAGGUGGCACUUCUGGGCACAGGUAGGUGGCACUGCAGAGUGGCACAGGUGGGUGCACUGCUGGGCACAGGUGGGUGCACUGCUGGGCACAGGUGGGUGAUCUGCUGGGCACGGGUGGGCGGAGCUAGUGGGCGCACUGCUGGGCACAGGUGGGCGGAACUUGCGGGUGGCACUGCUGGGCACCGAUCAUCAGGGCACUGAUCAUCAGUGCCCUGAUUGUCGGUGCCGAUCCCCGCUCUGACAACUGCCGGUUCUCGGCACGUGUCAUUGGACACCGCUGAUCAGGUGGUAAAAGGCCGCUGUGAUUGGC